CGCGUGCGCAGUAGCCUGCAGACUCGGAGUUGUAUUUGAAUGAGCGACAGAGAGUUCUGAAUCCCUGCUGUGCCAGUGGCCGUGGAGGAUUGUGAUUUGUACCUGUUGAGAUCCUCCCUCUGUGUGGGGCUGUGUUAGAGGGAGCUCGCUGUGGUUUUCUAAGUAUUGAACAGCCUAUUUUCAACACUCGGGUCACUUCCCAAGACUGAUCUUACCUGAGAAGGAAGACCAGAGGAGGAGUAAAGCAAGGAGUCAGAAAUGACUCGUUCCCAGGGACGGCUGACGUUCCGGGAUGUGGCCAUAGACUUCACUCAAGAGGAGUGGGAAUGCCUGGACCUCAGUCAGCGGGAAUUGUACAGGGACGUGAUGUUCGAGAAUUACGGGAGCCUGGCCUCCUUGGGGCUUGUCUCUAAGCUGGACCUGGUCGCCUUUCUGGAGCAAUUGAAGGCUCCCAGGAAUAUAAGGAGAAUGGAGACAACAACCAGUUACCCAGCUAUGACUCCACAAGACACCCAGGAUUUGAUGCCGAAGAAUCCAACGUUAGAAGAUGUAUUCCCAAAAGCAAACCUAGGAAUAUGUCAAAUAUUUCACCUCAGAAAGUUAAAUUUAAUGAAAGCCUGGGAAUAUACGAGAGUAUAUGAAAGACAGAGAGGAUGCUUAUAUGGACAUAAAGAAAUGGAGACAGUUACACAGAAUGCUAACAUUACUGCAAAAAGAAAUGAGCAAUGUGAGUCAAAUUGGGAAAAACACCCACUUCAGUCUUCAACAUCUGCUGAGACAUGUAAGUGUUUAAGAAAAGAUUUCCAUCCCUUUUUGAAACAUACAUGUUCUGUAAAAGUAAACCUGAAAAAUCUGGAAGGUAAUCUAGUCUCUACUGCAAAUCCUCAUUCAGACAAUUCUGAACUUAGGCUUCGACUAAACAUACAUUCAAGCAUGUCUGAACACCUACAAUUUAACAGUGAGUGGGAAAACACACAGUCUGAUCAUUUUGAGAGAUCCGUGAGCAGGGGGUCAUUUUUCUUCCCCCAACAAAUAUUUUCUCUCCAUUCCAAGAUAUAUCAUGUUGAUGAUAAUGGAAGAGAUGCAACCCAACCAUCAUUGUUCAAUACAUAUUGUGAUGUGGUUAAUACACAGCAACAUUGCAUGUGCAAUAAAAUGAGUCAGACCUUAAGUAAGAGCUCCAGCUCCAAUAAUUACAAGAGUAUUUUUGAUGGACUGAGAAGGUAUUCAGGCAAUGAACCUGGGUAUACGGUUGACGGAGACUCCAACCUUAAGAAUCAUCUGGGACCCGAAUCUUCAAUGAAGGAUUCUAAACGUCAUAAAUGUAGAAAUGCCUUUCAUCAAAUGUCAGGUUUUUCUCUCGAUAAGAGUCCUUGUACUGAAGAGAGGACUUGUACUGAAUAUGGUAAGGUUUCUAGUCAGUCUUCAGAACUUAUUCAACCGCAGACUGUUCAGAAUCCACAGAAAGAAAACAAGUGUAAGAUAUGUGGGAAAGUGUUUAGUAAGCCAUCCAAUCUAAAUAAACAUAGGAAAAUUCAUACAGGAAGGAAACCUUUCCAAUGUACAGAAUGUAGCAAAGCGUUUACACGUCACUCAGUUCUUACUCAACAUCAGCGAAUUCAUACUGGAGAGAAACCUUACACAUGUACAGAAUGUAGCAAAGCCUUUACUUACAAUUCAAGUCUUAUUCAACAUCGGCAGAUUCAUAUUGGAGAGAAACAUAAAUGUACAGAAUGUAGCAAAGCCUUUGUCUGUUACUCACAACGAAUGGAUCAUCAGCGAACUCAUACUGGAGAGAAGCCUUAUAAAUGUAAAGAAUGUAACAAAGCCUUUAUCCAUCGCUCACAUCUUACCCAACAUCAGCAAAUUCAUACUGGAGAGAAAGCUUAUUGUGCAGAGUGUGGCCAAACCUCUAUUUGUCACUCAGAGUUAAUUGUACAUCAUCGAAUCCAUAUUGGGGAGAAACCGUACAAAUGUAAAGAAUGUGGCAAAGCCUUUAUUACGAAUUCGGCCCUUACUCAACAUCACCAAAUUCAUACCGGGGAUAGACGUUAUAAAUGUAGAGAAUGUGGCAAGGCUUUUAUUAAGGUUUCUGGUCUUACUAAACAUCAGCGAAUCCAUACUGGGGAGAGACCAUAUUCAUGUACUGAAUGUGGCAAAGCCUUUGCUUACAACUCAACGCUUACUCAACAUCGGCGAAUUCAUACUGGCGAGAGACCUCAUAAAUGUAAAGAAUGCAACAAAGCCUUUCCUCGUCUCUCACUUCUUACUCAGCAUCAGCGAGUGCAUACCGGAGAGAGACCUUAUAAAUGUACUGAAUGUGGCAAAGCCUUUGGUCGCAAGUCAACGCUUGCUAAACAUCAGCGAAUUCAUACUGGAGAGAGACCUUAUAAAUAUACAGAAUGUGGCAAAGCCUUUAGUCAGAGUGCCCAUCUCGCUAAACAUCUGAGAAGACACUGAAGAGAAACCCUAGAAAUGGGACAUGUGAUGGAAUAGGUUUUCCCUAAACAUGCAUCAGAAAACACAAGAGUUUAUAUAAGAAACCUACGGAGAUGAUGUAACAAAUAUGUAGAAAGGUAUUUAAUCAAAUGGUAAAUCGAAAUAAAUAUCAGGGAUUACAUACUAGAAGACAUGUCAUCAAUCCUCUUUUCUGAAGUUUCUCUGCAGGAGAAUGACUGUAGGGAGUACUCCAUAGUUAAACACAUAGAAAAUGGAUAUAUUAGCAUGAAUCGUGAGAUGAAGGUUGAUGGUUAGAAUGUUCCAAUUCUUAGCAAUGUAUGUAUGCUUGUUUGUAACGACGUGAGCUGAGAUUAUUUGAAGUGAAUGUGAUUCAGCACUCAAGUAAUGCAUACUAUGCUUUGUUUCUGGUGUGUUUGCAAAGCGAGGUUUUUGACGGUUUAUUAGCCUUUUUAUAUUGUGUUGCAACCAUUUCUAUCUACCCUCCAUUAGAAGAUGAAGGGUACCAUGAUGUAAAAUGGACAGUGACCAUCUAAAUGGAGGUGUCUGUCAUUGAUGUGAAAUAUCUGGAAGUUGCCAUGAUGUCAGUGAUCUUUUAAUCUUUCCACAUAUUAAAGUAAAACAGAAGUUGCUGGUAAGGUUUCAAUGGUAAUAUCCUUGAUUUGUAAGAAGAACACAAUGACAGUUCACUGCAAUAUUGAUUUAUUUUUAUAAUAUCAAUGCAAGUCAUGAAUAUUACUGGCAGUGUUGAAAUAAAGACACCUUCUGUGACAACCUAUAAAUGUAUUAGAAACCCUUCCUGGAAAAGGCAUGGAAUUAGUGCAUACCAUGCUUGCUAAGUGCUUCCUAGGCUUUGUUUGGUAAGCCGUAAAAAUCAUAAAUCUCACAUCAUUACAACAGAAGGAUGAAUAUCUCACUCUGUACUUUUGAUCUGUAUUUAAUCAUGGAUCAUACCGUGGAUUGUAAAAGGUUUUAUUUCAACUAUGUGUUAAAUUAAUACAUGGUUAUUAAUAACAGUGAUUGGCUUUUAGUGUUUUGAUUGAUUGUAAUGAAUGAAAUGUUAACCCACCAGCUACAGUAACCUCUCCCACCUUAUUUAAGGUUGUAGUGAGGAAACCACAACGAACUAGUUGGUAACACAGAGAGAUGGCAUAUGUGGAAAUUACUUUACUCACUGGCUUUAAACUUCUCAUAACUUCAUAUGUAUUCCCUCAUUUCUGUGUUGUAUCUCUUCUCCCAUUUUUUAACUACUUAGAUGCUAUGAUGGUUCUAAUAGGAAGGAUUGUGCAGAGUAUUGUUGACAGUUUCCCUAAACUGCUCCAUGCUGUUGCUGCCUCAGCAUCUCUCUGGGGAGCGGGUAACCUGCAGUUCCCUGAACUCACAGAAGGCAGUCCUGUGAGCACCUGCACUAGAUGACCAUCUUCCUUGAGAUCAGCAGUCUUGCUGAACCCCAGGGUCUAUUCACAGGCCCCCCUUCAAUCACACUGAGAGAGUCAGUUUCUAGGGAGGUUGCUAAGUCCGGGCGUCCUCAAGGAGAGAGGGAUCUGGAAUUCUCGAAAGAAAAAAACGUUUUUCUUUUUGCCUCUACAAUAAUGUAUCCUGCUUGAUAACAGUCUCUGGAAAAAAAAAAAAAAUUCUGGCUAAUAAUGUUAUCUUAAAAGGUAAAUUAUUGGGGUGGGUCUAGUGAGGUCUUUACAACCUUCAGAAAUUCUUUUGAUUCCCUGUAAUAACUAAUUAAAAGUAUAUAACUCCUUUGCUAACACUAGUGAGGGUGCAUUCUUUCUGCCCCUUCUGAUGUCUGUGUCAAAAGCUUUCUCUGUCUCUUUUAUACGUUAAUAAAACU